AUGGAAAAAACUAAUGAGACAUCUCAACAACUCACUCUGGCUGAACGUCAGAAACUCGCUUUACAAGUGGAAGAAGAACGUAUCCUGACGUUUCUCAAGGACCCCUUCAUUGACCCUCUCAAGCUCGGUCCGAACAGAGCUGUGUGCAAGCCUUGUGGUCGACGAGUGGGACUUUCCAAGGGGCGGUUUAGACUAAAAAACUGGAAGAGACAUAAGGAGGAAUGUCUCAUGGCAAACUUUGUAAAGGACGAAAUCGACAAAGGAAUGGAAUGGACCGGUAAUGGUUUCCCGCCUGAUCCUCGUUCGGAGGAAGAUAUAGCAGUGGAUUUGUCGGAGAUGUUUGCAGGAAGGGGGCUGUUCUCUGCCCAAAUGCUACCAGCUUUUCGGGAACUCGGGUUCGGGUGCGGAGGUGCGCCUUGUAGAAGUCCAAAGGAACCCCACGAGCCUCGUUCCCGCCAACCUUCUCAAACUGGCGCACCGACUGCAAGCUCCUCUCAAGUUGCAUUUAAGAUUAUCGGUCGUUCGGGAAGAAGAGAACAAAUGACACAUCCCCGGAGUCGUCCAUCCCCUCUUCCCAGUUUCCCGCCACUCCAAAGAGCUCCUAAGAGAGAUUUCGAUGAAUUAACUCGCAGGAGAUCCAAAACACCCUUACAAUUCAAUUUCAAUGAGCAGGGGCAGAAUAUGGAGGAUACCCAGUCGCUCAACGUCCGAGUUGGCCGUCCGCCGCUCAUAAGAUUCCAAUCAUUUAGCAGUUUCAAAACGAGAAUAUCUGAGAUUGGAAGAAAGUUCUCUGGAAGUCUGGUUGGUUCUAGGGAUAUAGGGUGGAGUAACAACGCAACAUCAGCUACAGCCCAAAGGUCCCGGUCAGACAUCAGCAAAUCGUUUAUUCUCUGGAGAAACGAUCUAUUUGGGAAACAGACAACUGGCCUUGAAGGUUCCAAGGCCGUGCAGAGGAGUGAAGCGAAGCUCACGAGAAUGGGUACGAUUUGA